GAUUAUAAACGUAAAAUUCCUGCUAAAAAAAUGUCUGGUUUUGGGCCUCCGAGGUUUCCACAUAGACCAAGAGGUCCUUUUCCAUUUGAUCCUAGAUUUCCUCCGCUAAAUCCUCCUCCAAGGUCGUUAUCACCGGGUUUCAGACCAAGAUAUCAGGAGAACGAGUAUUUCAGGCAUCGUGGUAGGUCUGGACCAAGAGAAAGAUUUCCAACACCUCAUAGACACGAUAGACCGUCCUUUGGGAAUAGAGGCAGGGGACAGGGUUACUAUGGCAGCAAAAGCUUUAAGAGAUCAUCUGAUCAAGGCCGUGCUAUUGAAGCUUAUUACAAACACUCAAUGGUAGAAGACCCUUGGAAAGAACUUGAAGAAAAUCUUAGAAAACAAAAUCAGAAACAAGAAAAACAUGAUGGUUCGUAGUACAAAUUCAACCACAGGCAGCCUUAUCAAUGAGGAGUAUUCGAAGGAAGUGGCAGGAAUUUUUGUCAUCUGGAAAGGAAGCUUUAACAGAGAGACUGUUGUUUA